AUGAGAAGUAUAAAAGCCGUUGUUGUCGGUGACGGAGGCGUCGGAAAAACCUGCCUCUUGAUCUCUUACACCACAAACACCUUCCCCAAUGACUAUAUCCCCACUGUUUUUGACAACUACUCGGCGUCGGUGAUGAUCGAUGGUGAGCCCAUAAAAUUGGGUCUCUGGGAUACCGCAGGCCAGUCCGAAUACGAUCGUUUGAGACCGUUGUCAUACCCGCAAACUGAAGUGUUUUUGUGCUGUUUCUCGGUGGUCAGCCCGGAAUCCUUUCAGAACGUCAAGGACAAGUGGAUUCCAGAGAUUUUACAUCACUCGCCCAAGGGGAUCUUGAUUAUCUUGGUAGGCACUAAGGCAGACUUGAGAGAUGACUACCACGUGUUGGAUGAGUUGCUGGAACGUGGCCAGAAACCCACCACCCUCGCUCAGGGCCAGAAAUUGGCCAAAGACGUAGGUGCCAUUCGCUACAUCGAAUGCUCGGCUGCUACCCUGUCGGGCAUCCAGGAACUCUUUGACUUUGCCAUCCGGUCCGUAUUGGAACCUCCCACCUCCAAGCAGGAGACCAAGGAGACGUUUAGUGCACCUCUGCAACAGCAGAACUCCAAACCCAAUGCCGGCUCCACAACAAUUAAUGACAGAAGGAGGAAGAUCCGCAAGGCCAAGAAGUGUACUAUUUUGUAG